AGGCGAAGCCCAUCGCCCCGAGGGCUCCAGGACCAGCCCAGGUCUUCACUGGGCGUGGCGUACCGAGUCGCAGCAGCUUCGGAACAAGAUCUCUGGCAGUCACGUCCUAACUUUCAGACCUCUGCGACAAGUCACCUGUCAAUUAGGGCUUGCUCAGUGGGAGAAGAAAACUGAAGAGCCUCGUGGACGCGCAGCACUGUUUCCCAGAUUGAGAAGAAAUGCUGAGACUCAAGUAAAGCUCCCUCUUCUGCUCCACGUGCCUGCCAUGGGAGCUGGGAAGUCUAAACUAGAUCACUGCCCUCUUUCUUGGCACAAGAGGCACAGUGAGGAUGCAGCUCCAGACUGCCAUGAAUCGGAGGAUUCGAAGGAUGUGUCCUUGCAUGGUUUUGUGGAGCACAGCAAUAGAACAGAGCCGCCGGUAGGAGAGCAGGAGGGAGCGGAGGCGAAAGCAGAGAUGCCCGAGGAGGAAGGUGAAGAAGAAGCCUUCCUCAAAUUUGUGAUCCUGCAUGCAGAGGACGACAUAGAUGAGGCCCUCAGGGUCCAGGAUCUGCUGCAAAAUGACUUUGGUAUCAGGCCGGGGAUCAUUUUUGCCGAGAUGCCGUGUGGCAGGCUGCAUUUGCAGAAUCUAGACGAUGCUGUAAAUGGGUCUGCGUGGACCAUCUUGUUACUGACUGAAAACUUCCUACGAGACACCUGGUGUAACUUCCAGUUCUACACCUCCCUGAUGAACUCUGUGAACAGGCAGCACAAGUACAACUCGGUCAUUCCCAUGCGGCCCCUGAACAGCCCCCUCCCUCGGGAAAGGACUCCCUUGGCGCUACAGACCAUCAACGCCUUAGAGGAAGAAAGCCGAGGCUUUUCUACCCAAGUGGAGAGGAUUUUCCAGGAGUCCGUGUACGAGAGGCAGCGGACGAUAUGGAAAGAGACGCGGGAUGCGCUACGGGGACAGUUCGUUGCCUGAGACAAAGCAGACGCCCGGCUGGCUCCUGUUUUGUAAACAAAAUGAUUCAUCUUCACUUGAGAAAGCAGUGUCUAGGCAAUGCUUCUCUAUGAGUGGGGCUGCUUUCAAGAACUCUGUGGAGCACAGGAAAGCUACAUUUCUGCAGGCUUAGGGCUGUCGUACUUUCUGAUGAUAAACUCCAGGCUGUCAGUUUCUAGCACUUUUUUAUAGUUUCCACAGUUUAUGAAUAUUCUUAACUCAUUUCGAACGUUACUGUGAACAGGCGUGUAUGACAGACAUUUCCAAACUAUGGUAUUAAAAGUCCUCAAAAGACAUGAACAAAGUGGCUCUGAUGGUGAGAGGCCUACCACCUCAUUCCUAUUUCUCUCAGGAUGGUACCACAAAGCAUCCUGGUGCUGUCAAGCAGAAACACGGAUGGCCAGAUUGGGACAUGUGCCGUGUGGACGUAGUAGAUCAGAAGUAGAUGUCAGAAUGGUAGGGCUUUUGAUAAUAAUCCAACCCUCUGUGGUUUUGUUUGUGCUGGAGUCUGGAACCAGGUUCCACCAUGAAUUAGCAAUCAUUCUGAGAGUGUGGUACUAGGGACUGUGUGGAGAUGUCCCCUGACCUCCCAGUUCCCAUCUGUAACCAGGGUUUUAUUCACAGAGCUGGUAAAAAGCAUGCGAUUCUCUAGCUGUUUGCCUCUGAAAUCAAUAACCUCGUAUGUGAACCCUUAGAAACGUCCCUCAUACACAGUGAUUGAUUCAGGGGAUGUUUCUUAUCUAGGGUGGUCUGACUGAGUGUGGGUGUGGUGUGUGUUUGUGCAGAGACUGUAUUUUUAGCAUCUUCCCUUUCUGGGUCUAAUAGGCCCACAUGGACCUGUACCUUCCCUCACAGAACCACAGCCUAUUUGAAACCGAAGCUCGGCAAACAAGCACAGGCUGGGCUUGUGGCUAAGGGUGAGUCAUGUCAAAUAAUGAGAAAGUGCCCAGUGGGGGCCAGGAGACCUACUUGCAAGCCAAUCUCUGCCACUGAGGAUGAAUGUGCCAGUGGGCAGCCAUUCUCCUUUGUCUAGGAAAUGAAAGGGUUGGAUUGAUGAAUCUCUAAAGGCUUUUGUAUGCUCCCAGGACAGGAAAAACUGGAAGCCAGAAAGCAACAAGCAAAGUCUUAAAUGUUCAUAAGGUACUAUAUAGUGCGAUCAUUGCAGAAGACAUAAUGCAUGCUUACAAUGAAUUAAUAUUUUGCAUCAUAAUUGAUUUUUAAUGACAGUCACAGAAAAGAAUCUAUACAUGCUUACUCAGG